AUGCCUCAAAACGACUUUGUGGAAAGGCAUAUAAAGAAGUAUGGGAGGCGUCUGGACUACGAGAUAAAGAAGUAUAAGAAGGAAAGAAGAGAGGAGAAACUGGUGUCAAAGAAGGCAAGCAAGCUCUUUGGAAUAAAGGCAAAGCUGUUUGCUAAGAAACAGCGCGCUGCAAAGAUCCAACUGAAGAGGGACAUGAAGGUGAAGGAAUCUAGCAAAAAGAAUAUAGAGGUUAAUGUUGAAAGCAACCCACUUCCGCACUUCUUGCUUGACAGAGAGAUGGAGGAAAAGGCCAGAGACAUCAACAACAAGAUCAAGCAACAAAGGCAGGAGAAGGGAUCGAAGUACUCUGUCCCCUUGCCUAAGAUCCACCCUCUUCCGGAGAAAGAGGUGUUUGGGGUUGUUGUGAGUGGAAAGCGCAAAUCUAAGCACUGGAAGAGAAUGGUUACCAAGCCUUGCUUUGUUGGAAGCGACUUUACUAGGAAACCUCCAAAGUACGAGAGGUUCAUAAGGCCUAUGGCAAUGAGGUUCAAGACUGCACAUGUAAGCCAUCCGGAAUUGAGUUCGACAUUCAACCUCAAGAUAAUAGGGCUGAAGAAGAAUCCCCACUCGGAGGUCUACACCGGCCUUGGGAUAUUAAGCAAAGGAACUAUUAUAGAAGUGGAUGUUAGUCCCCUUGGGCUUGUCAACGGGUCUGGCAAGAUCAUAUGGGGAAAGUAUGCCCAAAUAACAAACAACCCGGAAAACGAUGGGUGUGUGAAUGCCGUUCUUCUGGUAUAA